AUGCCCUCGCCAGCUUCGUCUUCAUCAUCGUCGUCCGUCCCGUUUCUCGUCCUCCUGCUGCUGCUCCUUCCCUCCGCCACGAGCGCGACUCCUCGAGGAGGAGGAGGAGGAGCCGCGCUCGAAUGUGGACCGGGAAAAAACGCCGAGUGUCCAGAUGCGUCAUUGAAGAAGAGCGACCUGCGGGUGUGCGACGCAGGCACUUGUCGUUUUGGUGGGACGUGCCGCGAGAACGGCGCCGACAUCAAGUGUGUGUGUCACUUCCAGUGCCACAAGAAGUUCCUACCCGUGUGCGCCUCGAACGGAGACACCUACCAGAACGAGUGCUUCCUGCGGCGGGCCGCCUGCAAGAAGCAGCGGGCCAUCAGCAUCGUGGCCGAGGGAGCCUGUGACCAUGAUGGAGCAUCGGGAUCUGGAAAUGGAGAUGAUGAUGGUUCUGGCAGCAGCCACGGCAAAAAGACAUCCAAAUGUGAAAACUGCAAGUUUGGUGCCGAGUGUGAUGAAGACUCCGAGGACAUGCUCUGCAUGUGUAACAUUGUGUGCAAUGGCCACAAUGACAACCCGGUGUGCGGCAGCGACAGUGUGACGUACGAGACGCCAUGUCACGUCCGCGAGGCAUCCUGCCUCAAACAGAUGAAGAUCGAUAUCCGGCACGUGGGACGUUGCCAAGACAGAAGCAGGAAGGAUGACAGCGUCAAGACGAAAACAGACAUCUUUGGCAAGUCAGGUGAGGGGGAAGGUUUGGCAGAAGGCUCCGCCUCCUGCCCCCCGGACCACGCCCUGAUUUGCGUCCACGGCCAAUGUGAGAUGAGGAGCAACCAGGCAACGUGCAGGUGCUCGGCGUCCUAUGGCGGUCCUCGCUGUGACCAGCUGAUGGAUUUCAACAUCCUCUAUGUGGUCCCUAGUGGCCAGAAGCUGCAUUACGUCCUGAUUGCUGGCAUCAUCGGCGCUGUCCAGAUCGCCAUCAUCGUGGCCCUCGUCAUGUGCUUUACCAGGCAAGUGCACGCUUCAACUUGACCAAGUUUAACUAACUAGUAAAACCAGUGGUAGCCAUGGUUGCAAAUGUCCAGAAAUGAAAAACAUCAAUUGGGUUUAACAUGCACUUUGCAUGUGUGUCCUGCAGGAGGUGCAACAAGGCCAAGCGAGGGAGGAGGCAGAAACAACAUCUGGGUCACUUCCCGUCUGGAACGUCGUCCAGGAUGAUGUAGCAUAGCGUAGCCUAGCGAUCAGUCCUCGCUCGCUCCUUUUUUCCACUUGAUCCACUUUUUCCACGGACACUUUUGAUAACUCCACUUGUGGUGCCUCUUUUGUUUCCUCGUCCGAUACUUUAAAUUCCUAAAGGGGCCUUAGUUUUUUGCGUUUGCUUUUUUAAUUUAUAGUAUCAUUUUCUUUUCUAUUUAAAAAAAAAUGAUUCUUUGAUUUUCCUUCUGGAAUUUUUUUCUUCUAAGAGGCAAGCGCAGACGAGCUCAGACACUGGAAUGUGCCGAGGAACUGUUCGUUUUCUGGUUAGCUCGCGCGCUCAAGCCUCUUGGUUUUUGUUUACAUUUUGAAAGAAGUGGCGCAUUUUUGUGAGUCUCUUUUAGAAUGUUUGUAGCUCACAAUGUGGACAUUUUUCCAACUUUAUAAGGCUUUCCCCCCCCCCCCCCACGCUUUUGGAAUUCACGAGUGCCAGCGGCUGCUAAAAGACACCGUGAUUCGUUGGGGGACACGAGUGAUGCAGCUGACGUGCUCCAGGGGGUGCUCUCAUCAACUUUCUUGUCAUGUCACAUGAACACGCAGCUUUGGUUUUUCUACAUUUUCCAGUCUUCAGGUCCAAACUGCAACAGGUUUCUGGAAAAUGUGUUUUUCCAUGUUUUGCCAAGAUGAGAAUUGAAAGAUUUUUCAUCCACUUUUUGUUGUUGGUUCUUUUGGAAAUUUUCGAUGUCGGUACCAAGUGUCCUUGUUGCUUGUGUUCAUGUGUUAGCGAGCGGUUCCGGUCCUGGUCCCGGUUGUGGUCGCACUGUAGUUGUUGCAUGCUGCCGUCGAGUGUCGCUGUGGUUAGAAUGUUGUUGAAUUAAAUCACCAUGGUAACUCA